GAGACGUCACAUGGAGAGAUGCAACCAGCAGUAGCUGCUCCACCACUAAUCACACAUUAACAUAACUAGCUAGUGCAAGCUAACACAGCCUGCUACAUAACUCGCCUCUGAUUUAUCAUACAUCCGGAAUUGCAAAUCUGCAAGAAACAAACGCAAGAUUCAUAGACGGUGCAAAACGGGAAACAACAUUACGGUCACACACAUUUACCGUGGCCUCUUCCCGCAUCCAACUGGCAGGCUAUUUCGGCUAGCUAGCGAAGCCAACGAUAGCAAAAUCUGCCUUGGCUAGCGUCAGGCUAGCCAGCUAGCUAGCUAGCUAGCUACUAACGUCGCUAACGGUAGUUAGCUAGCUAGCGAGCUGUAGUAACUUGCGUCAUGGAUGAACUAGUCGUGGAAGUGAGGGGAACAAGUGGGGCCUUUUAUAAGGCCUUUGUGAAGGAUGUUCACGAAGGAUCAGUCACUGUGGCAUUUGAAAACAACUGGCAGCCAGAGCGUCAAAUCCCAUUCCAGGACGUGCGUUUUCCUCCACCAACAGGGUUCUGCAAGGAGAUAAAUGAGAGUGAUGAGGUCGAGGUAUAUUCCAGGGCUAAUGACAAGGAGCCAUGUGGAUGGUGGCUGGCCAAGGUUCGCAUGGUCAAAGGAGAGUUUUACGUAAUAGAGUACGCCGCAUGUGACGCUACAUUAAAUGAGAUAGUGACACUGGAGCGGUUACGGCCGGUCAACCCAAAUAAACCAGCCACCAAAACCACCUUCAUCAAGAUCAGACUGGAUGUACCUGAGGAUCUACGGCAGAUGUGCUCCAAGGAAUCAGCGCACAAGGACUUUAAAAAGGCUGUGGGAGCGUUUAAUGUCACCUACGACUCGGAGAAAAAGCAGCUGGUCAUUUUGUCUGUGAAUGAGGUCACAACAAAGCGGGCCAAUAUGAUGAGUGACAUGCACUUCAGGAGCCUCCGCACCAAACUGUCUCUCAUGCUGAGGAACGAAGAGGCCAACAGACAACUGGAGAGUUCCAGACAGUUGGCGUCACGGUUUCAUGAACAGUUUGCAGUCCGGGAUGAUCUAAUGGGUCUGGCCAUCGGGACUCAUGGGGCCAACAUACAGCAAGCACGUAAAGUCCCUGGAGUCACUAACAUAGACCUGGACGAGGAGACGUGCACCUUUCACAUAUACGGAGAGGACCAGGAUGCUGUCCGUAUGGCGAGGAGUUUCCUGGAGUUCUCUGAAGAUGUUAUCAAAGUUCCCCGGAACUUAGUAGGGAAGGUGAUAGGCAAAAACGGCAAACUGAUCCAGGAAGUGGUUGAUAAGUCUGGGGUGGUUCGGGUUCGUAUUGAGCCUGAGAAUGACAAAAAGCCCUCAGCAGCAGCAGCAGCGGCUGCAGAUGAGGGGAUGGUGCCAUUUGUAUUUGUUGGGACCAAGGAAAGCAUCUCCAAUGCUACAGUACUGCUGGACUAUCACCUCAACUACCUUAAGGAGGUGGAUCAGCUUCGUCUGGAGCGUCUUCAGAUCGACGAGCAGCUGAGACAGAUAGGAGGGGGAAGUGGAGGAGGAGGGACGGGACCCCGAAACCUUAAAGACAAAACCUACGUGUUCGAUAACGGCAUGGGGCUGGGGAUGGGGAGAGGAGCAGGAGGAGGCGGAGGAGGGAAACCCUAUGGAGGAGGGGGAGGAAGAGGUGGCAGAGGGCGAAGAGGAGGAGGUGCAGCUUUUGCCUCAGGCACCAACUCGGAGGCAUCCAAUGCUUCAGAGACAGAGUCAGACCACAGAGACGAGCUCAGCGAUUGGUCGCUGGCCCCCACCGAGGAGCUGAUGACAGGAGGAGGGACCCUGCCCAGACGGACAGAUGGGCGGAAGAGAGCGGGCGGAGGAGGGCCGCGGGGACGAGGAGGGAGAGGAAGAGGAGGGUAUAAAGGUGACGACAUGCAGUGGAGCGAGCCAAGACCUCGUCAUGUCAGAGAACCCAAGACAAGAGCGCAGGAAGACACUCUACAGAUCCGUGUGGACGGUAACAACGAGCGCAGCGUGCAGCACUCCUCAGGGGGGCGAGGAGGAGGAGGAGGAGGGCCUUCCUCAUCCCAGGGUGGCCUCAGUGCCAGCGGGGAGGGCCCGUCUCGCCAUCACCAUCAGAGACCCAUCAGAGACCGAGGGAUGAAGAAGGACAAACAGGACGCUCCUCCGCUGGUGAACGGAGUGUCGUAGAUACACCACUGGAGGACCUUCUCACUUAGACACACUCACAGGCAACUCGUCAUAAACCAUCGUAGAGUCUCUCUCGCUUUUUUCUUUCUCUGUCUUUGUCAAACACAUGAAUACACAUAUUUGAUCAGCAAGGAAGAGUUUACCGUAGUGAAGUCGUAGACCAGAGGCGAUCUGGUAUCUGCUGGUCUGCUCUGUGGAGCUCUUUGAGUGGACUGGUCUGGUUUGUUCUCGACUGUUCAGGUACCUCCUGCUCUUCUCUGGAGUGACAGAUAAAGGAAACUGCUUUUUGGACAGAAGGAAAAGAAGAGGAGGGAUUUAACUAAAGCUCAUCUCUCACAGAGGCAUCAAGCCCAAACAUGCUCCCCUACCCAACCAAGGCAAACAAUUGUUUGCUUGGUGUGUUUUUAUUUUGUUUGUUUUUUUGGAUCAACUUAAUUGGAGGGUUUCUUUUUUUCCCACGGCCCUGUUUGGACUUUAAUACAACAGAAAAAAAGAAAUCAAGGGAAUAAUUGGUUGACAAGGAAACACAAAGUCACAGCCACUUCAGACAGCAGGAUGAAAUAUGUGUUCCUGCUACACUUCAAACAUAUUUUUACUGCGGAUGUUUAUUGUAAAGAUCUGGUAGUGCACAGUUUAGGGGCUCAGUGUUUCCCACAGUAUGAGAAUUUAUUUUUGGUGUUCUAAAGCUCCAAAAUUGGACACUUGGGAGUCACCUGCAACACAACAUUGCAUUUAUGAUAUACUGUAACCAUACUGAGUAGAAUCAUUUAGCAUCUUUCUGGUGCAUCUCCGGAGAGACCUUUGAACUUAAUUGGUCAUUUCAAAAUACCAAAUCUUUCUCACUUUGUAUAUGGGAAACACGAGAGCUGUCAGGAUGGGUAAAAAUGUUUGUAGAGGGCACUUUUUUGUUGUAUUUUCUUUUUGUUUUUUUGGGAUAGUCAUUUGAACCCUGAUCACCAUGCUGACACUUGAGCAAGUCAAAGAGGAGUUCAAAGUGUCCAUGUUUUAGAAUGAAAUGCUCACAGGUAUGCAUGUGAAAAAAAUUUCCAACGAGUACUUAUCUCAUGGUUCAAGUCAUCUGUGUUAUUCUUUUAGUCUCGUGGAGCAUUAGACUAAGCAUGAAUUCAACAGCAUAUGAGACAUACCAAUGGGGAAACAUAAAUCUGAGGCACUCUGAUGCAAAUAAACUGUUAAAAAAGAUACUAACUCCCAGCAGUCUUCAACAGGGUACAAAAUGGCACGUACUGCUGUAACUUUUAAAAUUUACUGACCAGGAUUCAUGAGUUGGCCAACAGCGACUGGGCAUCGACAUUAAAAGCAAGAUGGGUGCAUUAAGCCUUACUGAAGCGUUCUGUCCAUUCAGUCCACCCGACUCUGUUCAACCAUCUCUGUGAACAGUGACCGGCUUUAAUUUAUGAAUCCAUUGCAAUGACUAUAAAAAAGAUGGACAGCGUGUCUCCACUUCCAUCUACAAUAUAAAAAUGAAGCCAAAACAGCACGGAUAUGACCCCUGCCAUCUUGCGCUGGUGAUGGCAUUUGGAGCCAGAUUCUGUGCGGUAGAGAUCUCCGCAGUAUCGAGUUCCCGCUGUCCAAACCAGUCGUGAAUAGCACCAUUGAAUGUGAGCACACCAGUUUCCACAUUCAGCUAUUAAACAUGACAUCACAACCUUUUUUUUUAUAGCAUAGAAUAACUAAUUAAAACCAGACUUAUCAUAAAAACGACCUCUUGAACAAACAGCCAAAAAUGACAGAAACCAUCUUUGGGAAAAGUUACUUUGAUGUGCAUUUUGAUAUUUUAGUUUGGUCCAUGUCACAUCUGCUUACAUGGAGGGGGCGGGGUAUAUGACUUGUACUGCAGCCAGCCACCAGGGGGCAAGGGGAUGUUUUAGCUUUACUUUGUGGAGCUGUCAUGACGUCCAUCUUCAUUAUUUAGUCUAGGGUCCAUUGAUUGCCCAUAUAAGCUGUAUAUGUGCACAGUAACACAAGAAAGCUCUCAGUGAGACUGGGAGCCAGUUAUUACAAAUACUGUUAAUAAGUUUAGAACAUAUAAAUGGCAGAAGAUUUGUGCUGCUCGAAGGGCGUUAGAGAGGGAAAAAAAUAGGCGGAGGAGUCCUGGGGUAAUACGUCCUCUAUGUGGAUUGGCCUUGAUACUUAAGGACUUGCACAAAAAAACUAGACCCACACUACCUACUGUAAAUCUCAUCACUGAUAUUCUAAAUUCAGCACAUCAUAGCCAGGAACAGGUGAAACCUGUUUCUUCACAUUGGUAUCCAGUCAUUAUAAAAGAAACAGUGAGUGAAGCCUUUCCUGCAGUCAUGAAUAAAAGCUUCAUGGUACAGUUAAUCCAGCUGUCCUGAUACAUUCAUGACAACAUCUCUGCAGUUGUUCUCAGCAGAACUGGACUCCUUUUUAAAAUGAUCCUCCCAGUACUUGUUUAUCUCGUUGGUGAAGACCUGUAUCCUGUAUCAAACUGAUGAAAGCUUUUUCAACCUCAGCAGUGAGAUAUUUCACAGAGAGGGCGUAGGCUGGGAGCUAAAAUUACUUUGGCCAGUUCCGCUUACAUUCAACAAAGCACUCUUGGAUGGAGGCCACUGAAAUUAGUCCAAUUAAUUUUAGCUUUCAGACAAACCUGAUCAGGUAGCAGGAUUUGAGGCGGCAGCUUUGUGACUUGAACUCCUGUCACCUGAUCACAUGAACUUUUCUUUAAUUUAUGAAACCUUUGUGUUUAUCCCUUUUUGUUAUGCAGUUAGUAAACCUGUUUGAAGUAUUAUUGUAGAGGAAACAUUCAUUGAGUUAUACCUUGAAAAAUAAAAAUUUGCUGUAAGUUUUAUUCUUCCUGGUUUUCCAACUUAUUCUGGGCCCAACCCUCUUACUUAAACUUUUUAUAUUAAUCUCUUUUAAUUUUGUUAUUUCCUCUUGGCUGGAGGAGGAAGGAGUCUGACUUCUGACCUUCAAUAUACUUUUUAUUACAACAAUUUGUAAUCUUUAUUAAACCACAAUAUCAGGCCCUGUUCCGCUGCCAUGCAGGGUGCAAUGCAUUUUUUACAUGCAUGAUUUGAACUGUGCAUUUCUCUGCAUUUUGCUGUUAAAUAGCAGGACUUUGCAUGUCACAUGACUAAAUUAAAGUAAUCGUGAAGUUAAAAGUUGAAGUUUUGAAUAUAAAAUCAGGUUAAAGAUGCAAGAUUUUGAUCCACAAGUCCAGUCUGCCACUCCUCGAGAUCAUAAUGAGGCUUUUAUUUUAUCUUAGUGCCUUGGGUAUAUGCUUCUCCAUGUCUGUGAAUUUGGUCCAUUCUGAAAAGCACCUGAUUGCUCUGAAAAGAUCAAAGCUUUUUAUACUAUAUGUCUAAACCCACUGUAACACCCCUUUCAUUUUUUUGAGGACAUAGGUGUUUCUUGCAUGGGUGAUUCCUUGACCUUAUAUGCAUUUUUAGAAACUAUUUGGGGAGGCACAGUGGUGUAAGAUGUUUCUGGCCAUUCAUUUUGUCCCAUAACACUUCCACUCGUCUAUCGUUGCUCCAAACUUGUCAGCCUCUGUGACACACCGAUGCAGACUUAAACAAAAAGAGACAGUCGUGUCAUCAAAUAGCUGAAAGUGACUUUGUUUAAACAGCGCAGGUGUUCAGACAUCAAACAGACAUCAGGCAAAACAAUGUGUUAACUUCAAGCUCUUAUCUCAAGGUGUUCCAACCUGCUGUUGGAUCAUCAUCAUCAUCAUCAUUACCACCACCAUCGAAAUAUAUAGGGAACACUUUAUGUGGGACGAAGGCCUUUGAAGAUCAUGUACAUUCUCAGCUGUCCUGAAUUGUACCCUGAAUUCAAACUGACUGCAGUAACCUAGAUGGGCUAGUGUAGAAAGUACUUGUGGAUUUAUGAUUGAACGCAGAUUGAUAAUAGCGUUAGUUUGAAUUAAAAAAAAAAAAAAACUGUUGAAAUGUGAGAAAGUCACUGUAAAACAAAAAAGCUAAGCAAAAAAAAAGUUUCUCGAAGUUUCUCUGUGCAUACGUCGGCUUAUCUUUUUAAGGACAAUGCGGCAUUAAAUCACAAUAUUGUAUCUCCUCACUGUAACAAGUCAAGUAACCAGCAGAAUAUUUGGACUAGUCGAUUAGCUGUGCUCUUCAGCUUCAGUGUUUCUACGUGCAAAUGUUGAGGAAUCAAAUAUUCACCAGGUUAAAUCUACUCAUUUAAUCAAUGUUAGCCUACAAGUUGUUUAGAAAUAACCUUGUAAAGUUAGCCUUUAAAUCUAGCUUCUCUCUUUGUGGUGCUCUUACAGGUUCGUUUUGACAGUUUGGAAAUCGGCUGUUUUGCUCUCUGGUGAAAAGUUAGAAAAGAAGAUUGACACCACAUUCCUUACAGAUAGACACGAGAUUGGUAUCAAUCUUCUCAUUGAAUUCUCUGCAAGAAAGCAAAAUGGCAUAUUUCCCAAAAUGUUGAACGAUUCCUUUCUAAAAUAGCAUUCUUUCGGAGCAUCGUCAGUGAGCAUAACAUUACUUUACAGUAGGUUGGAUCAACUUUUAACCAGACACACAAAAAAACCCACUGGACUUCAAAAUAUCCACUGUGCUCCAUUUUCAACAGAUGCUUAAAAUCUUGCGGUAAAAAAAACGAGAUUUAUACAUAAAGUAGGCUGACCUGUCAGCUAGAAAGCUGCGAAUGCUCAGAGAAACCUCACCAUAUUUUGUGUGACAUGUGCCUUUAAUUGUGGCUAGUAUCACAACCUAGACAUGUAAAUCAGGGAUGAUGAGACGUUGAUAAUGGACCAGAUGUGUAAAGGUGGCUACUUCCUGCCGUGACAUCGUUGAGUCACUGCGGGUCAUCGCUGGCAAAGCCGAGCAUUUCUGAGCUUCCUUUAAACUCAAGGUGUGGGUGUUAUUUGCGCCGGGGGUUUAGGCACACCAGGAAACUGCCUGCUUUAACCACCUGAUCCUUUUUAAACGCUGACGGUGUUGUAUCCUUGUACAGACGACAAACAUAAGCCCGUAGCUUAUGACCUGGUUCAACUGAUCUGGGAAAUGGAUUCAGUUACUUUUGUACCCCAGUGCAGUUCAUGACCUUGAGUGGCUACUUUGGCGCCUUUGGUUCUGUUCCAAAGGCAAAGACUGCCAUUUCUCCCUUUUUAAAAAUGUUACCUCGAGAUGCAAAAUAAUGUGACCCAGUGUAACUUUACCCCUUCGCUCUCUUUCCUUCUCAGAAAGUAACUGUUAUGAAGUAACUGAAAUGAUUUCAGAGGUUGAGCCAGGUCUUAUCUUUUACCAGAGAUCAGUGUACCUUUCUAGUCUUGCGAUGCAUGUUCAUCUUUAUUAUGGACUUUGGAGACUUUCAGUAGGUUCGGACACAUGUUCCAAAAAGACAUACAUAAGUUUAGUUUUUUUGUUUUGUUUUAAAUCAGUGUUACUUUGUCUCAGUUCUCCUUGACUUGAGUUCAGCUUGAGUAGCCAGUGAUGAGUUCUGACAACCAUCAACUUAGAGUCAGUGACACUUGGGGAACUUUUACCUUUUAGAAAAUGUCACAAGAAACGGUUAUGUAACAUGAGUAAUGAAUCAUGAAACAGGCUUUUUUUUUUGUUUUGUUUUGUUUUGUUUUUUGUUUUUUUGAUUAGAAGUCCAUCUUUCUUUUUCAGAAGUAUUAUUGGUGUCUCCAUUUCUCUCUCACUAAUCUGUUAGGACCUUUGCUUUCACUUGCCGUUCACACUGCAGCCAUGUUGCAUUUUUAUCCCGAUAAGCAUUCUCUGCAGUGCAUCGACACAUGGCUCAAGUGAAAGUAACCUCUAUAUUGUCAAUAGAGCAUCAGCAGUAUGGAGUUGCUUUGUAUUGUUUAAAAAAAUUGAAAAAAAAAGUGAUGGAAAAAAGAAGGGAGGGUGGCAAACUGUAUAUAAUGAUGUCAUUAUUUGUCUGAGAAAAGAUUUGUACUAUUGUUUCAAAUGUGCACUUAUCCUGAUAUUUUCUCUUUUUUUUGCUGUUUAAUAUCAGUCAAAUGCUAGAGCUCUUGAUAAUAAACUUAAUGAUGUGUGAAAAAAA